AUGAGUCACUUCACGUUGGUCAUGUUAGGAGGUGGAGCCGUUGGGAAGUCUGCCAUCACCGUCCAGUUAGUCUCUGGUGUAUUUGUCCAAAUGUAUAACCCUACUAUAGAAGACUCAUUCAACACUACCAUCGACGUUGAUGGCGAGAUGGUGUCACUCAAUGUGGUGGACACAGCAGGACAAGAAGAAUACUCCUCACUAAGAGAUCAAUACAUGAGAAGUGGUGAUGGGUUUGUCAUUGUAUACUCGAUCAUAUCAACAACAUCAUUUUUGGAAGUGGGCGGAAUUCGAGACCAACUCUAUCGAGUACUCGAGAAAGACCCGGGCGAACACAUUUGUAUGGUGAUUUGUGGGAACAAAUGCGACAUGGAGUCGGACCGACAAGUCAAUACAGCGGAGGUGAAAAGUAUUGCCGACGAGUGGGGGUGUGGCUUCUUCGAAACUUCUGCAAAAGAGCGUAUUAAUAUAUUAGAAUCGUUUCAACAACUCGUCAGAGACGUUAAAAAGUGGAACAAGCCCCCUGAACAACCCACAGAGGGAGCUGCUAAUUCAAAAGCACCAAAGAAAAAGGGCUGCUCUCUAUUUUAA